UAAAGCGGGCGCUCUCCCCUCCUGCUGCAGUCCACAAAAUGAGUUUCACCGUGGAGAGCCACUUCUUCGGCCCGAGCGGGCUACGCAAGGCUCGGCCAGCAUCGGUGUCAUCCAGCGGCUUCCACUCCCAGCGCCGCCGCCCCACCUACAGCCAGCCGUACUCCGUGGACAGCCUGGACACCUUCAACGGGGACAUGUCCCGCAGGAGCGAGAAGGAAAUCCUGCAGGCGCUCAACGACCGCUUCGCCGGCUACAUCGACAAGGUGCGCAGCCUGGAGAUGCACAACCGCAACCUGGAGGCAGAAGCGGCGGCGCUGCGGCAAAACCAGAGCGGGCGCGCUUCUGUGGGGGAGUACUACGAGCGGGAGUUGGACGACCUCCGGGCUCUGGUUCAAGAGUUAAGCGGGGAGAAGGGCCGCGCGGCUCUUGAAUAUGGGCGCCUGGAGGAGGACAUCCAGCAACUGGGGGCAAGAUUGGAGGAGGAGGCGCGCAACCGGGAGGAGCUUGAGGCUGCAGCCCGGGCCAUGAAGAGGUACGUAGAGGAGUGCCAGCUGGGACGGCUGGAGCUGGACAAGAAGCUCCAAGCUCUGGACGAGGAGGCAGCCUUCCUCAAGAAGAACCAUGAGGAGGAAGCGGCGGACCUCCUGGCACAGAUUCAGGGUGCACAGGUGACCUCUGACUUGCGGGAGACUGUCAAGAUGGAUGUGACUGGGGCCCUGCGGGAGAUCCGAGCCCAGCUCGACUGUCACGCUACCAAGAGUGUCACGCAGGCUGAAGACUGCUUCAAAGUGCGCCUAGAACGUCUGACAGAGGCAGCCAGGUCCAACCAAGAUGCCAUCCGUGGGACCCAAGAGGAAAUUGUGGAAUACCGUCGUCAGCUCCAGAGCCGCACCAUUGAGCUGGAGACACUCAGAGGAACAAAGGAGUCUCUGGAGAGGCAGCGUAUGGAAUGUGAGGACAGACACCAGGAUGACCUCAACUCACUCCAGGACACAAUCAAUCAUCUGGACUCAGAGCUGAAAAACACAAAAUGGGAGAUGGCUGGUCAACUAAAGGACUAUCAGGAACUACUGAAUGUGAAGAUGGCUCUAGAUAUUGAGAUAGCUGCUUACAGGAAGUUACUGGAGGGAGAAGAGAGCCGCUUUGUGUCUGGAGGAAGUCCCUACUCCUACCUAGACAAUAGAAUUUCAGCUCAUUUGAAAGUGAAAGAAGAUAAAGUGAUUGUGCAAGAGCAGACAGAUGAGACCCAAGUGACAGAAGUGACAGAGGAAGCAGAAGAAGAGGAGGAGGAAUGUGAGGAAACCAAAGAGGAAGAAGGCAAAAAGGAGGAGGAAGAAAAAGGAGAGGAAAAAGAGGACAAUGAAGAGGAAGAAAGUGAGCAAGAGAAGUCAAAAUCUCCAGAGAAAGUUCCAUCUCCUGUUUCAAAUUCACCUCAAAAGCCAAAAUCCCCAGGAAAUAAAUCUCCCCAAAAAUCACCACCAGCCAAAUCUCCGAUGCCCAAAUCCCCUGCAAAAUCACCAGAAUCAAAAUCUCCUCCCCCUAAGACACCGGAGAAGGUCAAGCCUGCUGCCCCUAAAGAGAAGAAAGACACACCUCAGCCUGUAAAAGAGGAAAAGGAGCAACCAGUAGUGGAGAUGAAGCAGGAGAACAAAGAGAAAGAAGCAGAUAAUAAAAUGGAGAAGGAUAACAAACCUGAUGUCAAGAAAGAGACUGAAGUAGUUCAGGUGCCAAAGGAGGAAACUCCAAAACCUGCAAAGCCAGCUGACAACAAACCUUCUCCCUCCAAACCUAAAGAGGAGGUUCCUUCCCCUGUCAAGGAGAAACCCUCUGCUCCGACAUCAGAGAAACCAGAGAGCAAAAAGGAGGAGAAGCCUGAGGAGAAGAAACCACCAGAGAAAAAGCCUGAGAAGAAGUCUGACGAGAAGGAGCGUGAGGAGAAGAAGCCGGAGGAAAAGAAGCCCGAGGACAAGCCUACGAACAAAGUUGAACCUGACAAAGAUGAGAGCAAGCCUGAGGAGAAAAAGGAGAACAGUAAAGCAGCAGCAGCAGCCACUGAGGGCAAAGGUGGAGGGAGGCCUUCUGGCAAUGAGUCCAAAGACAGCAAGGAGGAGAAGGCCAAGAAGUGAAGCUGGACAAAGAACUCUGAGGGUGGGAGGUGAAGUUAAAGAGCAUACGCAAACAUGAUUUUGUAUUACCCUGCUCUAAGUAUGUAUGCAACGUUGAUGCUAACAUCACUGUAGGCAACACUGUUAACUAAGCUCUUUAAUUGAAUGUGAUAGCUGCCCUUCAAUAAUAAGUGCAUUUACUAUAAUGAACCUAUACAUAUUGACUCCAGAUAAUAUAUUUGAAUAUACCCAAAUGUCUAUAUUAUAUUUACAAUAGUCAUUUUAGUAAGACAUACAGUACAUGGAUGCUUGUUGUGCACUUUAAUGCAGCUUAUCACAGGUGAGAUGCCUCACUCCUCUAGCCUGCAAUGCUCUGACAAUGAUGACUGUGCUAUGUAUAAAUUGAUAAAGUGAAAAUAUGCAACACAAAAAAUAAAGAAAAUACACAAAAAACAUUUGCGGCUUAA